AUGGGGGUUGGUAUCUACAUUUGGGUACUGUUAAUUUCUUUAUUUCAUGAUGUUUUAGGAGAAUUUGAAAGUGGAGGCUUGAAAUUAGAUUUAAUUGGCGAAGUUGCCGAUUACGGUGAUUUUUACGGGAAGAAUGAAAUUAACAUAUUCACCUUUUUAUACUACAAAUCUAAUGAUUUAUAUAAAAAUACAGUGAUUGUGUACAGUUUGGAUAAGAAAAAGAACAAAUAUGAGAUUAGCUACAUGUUUGAAUUUGAACACCAAGGGUUUUGUGAGGGAAUGAUCGUUACAGAUUGGACAAUGGACUCCCGAGUAGAUGCGCUGUUGUAUCUAAGAGAUGAAAAGGGAAUUUACAUCGUUGGAUUGGCUCAAUCGGCUCCAAUUGAUGAGGUAGAGUUUUCAAUAGCUUGGACUUCAAGGGAUUUAAUAGGUCCAUAUCUACAGCAUGAAAAUGGCAAUAUACAACUAGCCCCCGAAGAAUCUAGACAUAACAGUAAUAUCCACCCUUUACUAUGUGACAUAAAUGGCGAUGGUCGUGUGGAUAUGAUUACUCAGGGGCAUGAUGGUACGAGAGUUGUUUGGAUUAAUGAUGGAAAGGUGUUUAUCCCUUAUGCUUGGGAUGAUGUGCCAAAUGUCCGUUUUGUAAAGUACGAUCUUGGCAUGUUACAGGAUGAGGAUCAAAAUGAGAAUGUGGGUGGAAAUACGGAUAAUGUACAGCUUUUAAACAUCACUGUCCCGCAUUCCAAUGGGUUUGUCGAUAUAAACGGUGAUUGUAGGCCAGAUCUAUUAUUCACCGUUGGCACUGAUAAUGUUCAUAUGAUUGAGAUUUGGUUGUCGGAUGUGGAAGUGGGUGAAAAUGUUGUUGUUACAAAUUAUAGGCAAAUUGAAAAGCUCCAACUGCCCGUUCAUCCCGGUCAAUUAAUCUUCGCUGAUUUUAACGGCGAUGGGAGUAUUGAUAUAGGUAUCCCAUCUUGCAUUCCUGAUGAAGGAUCAAAAAAUUGUAUUUCUUCUAGUUUCAACAUUAUGUUCAACCAUCAGCAACCAUUGUGUAACAAUUUAUGGAAGGAUUCCACCGUUAAGUGUAGGAAGCCUACGGAACUGUGUACAAAAACGCCAUUUGAAAUCUCCAAAUAUCAAGUUGUAAAGUUUGACAAUUCUGAAGUGUCUGGGGCUAAUGAUUUUGUUUAUAUGAACAACUCAAACUUUGGAAAUAUUUUGAGGCUUGCCUAUGGGGAUUUUGAUCUCGACGGUUACCCAGAUUUGGCAUUCAUCGCAUCAAACGUCACAUCUCCAGAGCCUAGCAUAGUUGUAUAUAAGAACAUGCUAUUUGACAAAGACUCUAGGUUUGUGCUCGUGAAAUCUAUACCAAUCGAAAAUUCUAAAUACGACUACCGCCUGUCUUUCUUCGACGUAUUCGAAGAUGGAGACCUGAAUGUUAUACUAUUCGGAUUGCCUAAUGAGGAACAGUUGGGUAAUAACAUUUUUGUGAAGGCUAAUGAGGAUGAAAGUCCAAAAGAUGGUGAAAAUUGUGAAGAAAAGAAAGAUAAAAAGGAGUAUGAUAUGAGCAAGUACGAUAUCAAGUACCUUCCCUUUGAAUCAUACAAAUGGAAUGUUAAAGAAUUUGGUCUGUUCCUAAAAGCUUCCUCCAUUGGUCCACUGUCACACAUCCACUUCCAAGAUGACAUUAAUUUCGAAACUAAUAUACACGGUCCUGUAUUUGUUAUCACUGUUAGCGAUAUCUAUGGAGAGAAGGCUCCCAGACAAGCAAUACAACGCCCCUUAUCAGGAUAUCUACCCUUACAACUUCCUUACGUAAUUUUUGGGCUGGGGAAUACCAACAACUACGUGGAGGAGUUUUAUUUGGGGAUGCCCAGCGCCUCGCACGACUACAAGGAUAUGUGGAUUUCAAUCAUUCCCAACUGUUUUGUCAUUGCAGUUACAUUUCCCCUUGACAUACCCAGCAAGUGGAACUUGAAGUUAUCUAUUAAUCCCUCCAAAAAGUUUAUGCCAAUACUAUUUACCAACUUGGCAUGCCUUGGCAUUAUUGGGCUGUUUAUUAUCGUAUUUCAUGCUAAAGAGAAGAGGGAGGAUUCGGAGCAGGAGAAGGGAUUCAAACAGAAAUUUAUUGCACACUAG